ACAGACACAGACACACACGCGCACGCUCCAGGUUGGCUCAGCGCUGUUUCUCUACGCGCUAUUCAAAGUCAAGUCUAGUGUAAAGGCAACUACAGCUCCCAGCACCAACUUUAGUAACCCGGGUCCCUUGUCGCUGUUCGUAUGGGAGCAACAACACAAUUUGGAGAAGGAAAUACGCGUGCCAUGUGGUAGCAGUCUGACGCCGCGUUACAUGGAUUAUUUUAUAAAGCCCACACCUGCAGCUGACUGUCACUGAGGCAGGAUGAACGGCUAUGACACCCCGACCUCCAAUGUCUUUGGUUCAUACAGCACCCAACUCAAUGGCCAUGGCUCAUCUUCAGAGCCUCCAAAAUCUAAAGCCAAGUCCAGUGCCAAAGCUAUUUACGGAAGAGAAGAAAUGUAUUUCUUUCGCUCGUCUGCCAAAAACAAAAAGCAAAGUCAAAAACAAAGAAAACACUACACAAAAAACAGCAUCAACAGCCUGACGGACACUUCACAGUAUCAUGUAGAGCACCUGACCACAUUUGUUCUGGACCGUAAAGAUGGGAUGAUCACAGUGGAUGAUGGGAUUCGACGCCUGCGCCUGCUCGACGCCAAGGGCAAAGUGUGGACACAAGAGAUGCUUCUGCAGGUGGAGGACAAGGCCGUGAGCCUCAUAGACCUGGAGACCAAGAAUGAGUUGGAAAACUUUCCCAUUGGGACGAUACAGCACUGUCAGGCUGUGAUCAACGCCUGCAGUUAUGACUCCAUCUUGGCGGUGGUUUGUAAAGAGUCAGGGCAGAUCAAACCUGACCUGCACCUUUUCCAGUGUGAUGACAUCAAGGCAAACCUGAUCCAUGCAGAUAUUGAGAGUGCCAUCAGUGAUGCCAAAGGUGGAAAAGUAAAGAAGAGGCCAGAGACACUUAAAAUGAUCCUAAAAAGUGAUGGGAUUAUCCCUCCGCCCCCUGCUGCCCCUGCCCCUGAGCCUCCUGCUACUGACACUCAGGUGGAUGUGAAGAGUCGCGUGGCAGCCUGGUCUGCGUGGACCAGUGAGCAACAAGACCAUGAGAAGCAGAGAGUGUAUGAGCUGGAUGGUUCAUUGGAGAUGACCGCUGCCCGUGUCGACAGAGAAGUGCAAAUAUUGAACCACCUUUUGGAUGACAUUGAGUUCUUUGUAACAAAACUGCAAAAAGCAGCAGAGGCUUUCAAUGAGCUCUCCAAGAGGAAAAAGUCUAAAAAAGGCAAAAGGAGAAGUCCAGGAGAGGGUGUGCUCACUCUGCGCUCCAAGCCUCCCAGUGAAGAAGAGUUUGUUGAUUGUUUGCAGAAAUUCAAACAUGCCUUCAACCAGCUGGGAACAUUGAAAGACCAGAUCCAAAACCCGAGUGCUGUGGAUCUAGUUCACUUCCUGUUCAUGCCCCUAAAGAUGGUGAUUCAAGCCUCAGGCAGUGUAGAACUGGCCCGUAGUGUCAUUGUUCCUUUCCUCACAAAAGAAGCCAUCGACUUCCUCCAUGCAGCAGGCACAGCAGAGGAGAGGCACAUGUGGGUGGCACUGGGGGAUGGCUGGACCAAGUGCAGGUUGGAGUGGCCCAAAGAUCACUAUUUCCCUCCUUGUGUUCUGAAGUUUCGUGACGGUUGGGAACCUCCAGCCGUUCCAUUAGUCCCCCCCUCACAUGAACAGGAGCUGGCACAUUUGGCUGAGAGCCUGGCUAAUGCUGAAAUCCAGAGGAAUGAGGAGCUGAACCUUCGAUUGGCCCAAGAGCACUCAGUGCUGCAGAGGUUUCCUCCUGGAGAUGGGUACGUCAAUACCACCUACAAACGCAUGCAGGCUUUGGACCCCAACAUGGCUGUGGCCACUCUUAAGCAAGCUGUCACCCGCUGUGUCGACCGGGGGUAUGAGGCUGAUGGCAGAGGUCAAAAUAAGAUGAUCGCCAAAUCAAAAUAUGACUUUGUUGCGAGGAAUAACACAGAACUAUCAGUUUUGAAGGAUGAAGUUUUAGAGGUUCUUGAUGACAGAAAGCAGUGGUGGAAAGUGCGUAAUGGUUGCGGUGCAUGUGGUUAUGUGCCAAAUAACAUCCUAGAGAUGACCAAAGCAGUGGACAUAACAGGUAGAGGAGAGCCCGUCUACAGCCACACUAUCCAGCUUAUGAUGCCAAAAAAGGAGUUUGAGUUGUUCAAGCAAUUAUUGGGCGAAUUGAAUGAGAAGCAGACCGCCAGACCAGAGCACUCUAAACCAGUGGUAACUCCAAUGCCCCCGACACCUACGUCCCCCACGUCCCCCACAUCCCCUGUGUCCUCUCCCCCUUCCGCGCCGGUCAGCCUGCCCACUCCGCCUCUGCCCCCUCCCACCAAUGAGACCACCAAACCCAGCAGCUGCAGCAGCACUGUGAGUCGCCACAACAGCACCACGUCCAGUGAGGGAAAUGUCGCCAUGAGGGAGCACAGCCAGGCACAACCAGCCAUACCUGCAAACAGGAGGAAAUCGAACAUGGAGGAGGUGCAGGAUGAGCUUAUGCACAGACUGACUUUGGGACGAAGCGCUCAGAAGAAGUUUCAGGUGCCCUGCCGAGGCAACCAGCAGACUGUGAGCAUCACGUACGAGUCCUCUCCAGAAGAUGUGAGGAGCUGGUUGGAGACUAAAGGCUUCAGCCCUGUGACCAUCUCAAGCCUGGGGGUCCUGACUGGUGCCCAGCUCUUUUCUCUGAACAAAGAGGAGCUGAAAACAGUUUGUCCUGACGAUGGAGCUCGAGUCUACAGCCAAGUGAUGGUGCAGAAGGCAGCGCUGGAGAGGAACUCUGGCUUUGAGCUGCAGGAGAUCAUGAGGAGGCGACAGGAGAAGCUAGCAGCCUCCACCUGUGAUUCAGGGGUGGAGUCUUUUGAUGAAGGCAGCACUCACUGAGAGUCCUCCUCUCAUUUAAGCUUUUAUUCACAGCUGCAGUUUUGUCUCAUGCUGUCCGUCUUUAGGCAGCAGAGGAUCACGCUCAUUUUGUGGCAGUCAUGCGGCGCCGACAGGUGCUUCUCAGCUCUUCUCCUGACCAGGAAGCCUAAAGGAUUUGAAGAAACUCUUGGUUGUCAAUACUAUCACCUCUCAGUAUAUUACGGCUGCAAGCUCCACUUUGUGCCUGAUACGGGCGUUUUCAAUCUGAACAGGCCCUGAAAUGUUCAGUGUGGGUUGUAGUCACAAAACAUAUGUCCAAUGCCUAAUACUGCAUUAUAGUGACAAAGAUAAAAUGUAAAACAUCUAUAUCUGAUUAAAAACCUUGUCUAGUCAAUCUAGUCUUUCAUUUUAUUUUACUCUUCAUCUUUUCUAUUGACUUCAGUUGGUUACAAGCCAAGCCAAGACUGGCUAAAGAUAGACUGCUAUAAUAGCACUAACUUUGCCAUUGAGAGAUCUCCAGUACUGCUAUGCUUCUACCUGUGAUUGUGAACUUGUGUUUUGUGAGUACAAUUUGAACCUAUGAUUUUAAUAAUAAAAGUUUGUCUAACAAUUCAUAAGGCACAAAUUGGAACUGAUAGCUGACAUGUGAAUGUAAAACUGUAACUGACAAUUGUUGACUAUUCUCUUGGGAAUAUUCAGUUACAGUACAAAUAACCACCUAUGAUUAUUAAUAUUUAUGUAUAUUUGCUCUUAAGCAAGCAGUAUCUAACAUGUUUUAAAUGUGAUAUGAAAUGUUAAUAAGAAUUAAUGAGGAAAGUCUUUCUCUAAAAUACUUAGCUUAGACAAAUUGAGCAUUUUUGCACAGGAAAUGGCUUAUCUGAUCAUCUGUGGAUCUUAAAUUCAAGUCAUUGUGCAGUUUGAGUGAAUCUAGUAGCUGCUCCUGCUUCUUGUAUAAGCUCCACCAAAAGCAACCAGUAGCCUCACAGGUGCAUGUAAUGUUGCUAGCCUGAUUUGCCCAAGACAUUAGAAUGUGUAAAUACUCUUAAGCUGUAGGAUUGUAUUGUUAUACAAUUUACUCUCACCACCACUCAUGUCUCAGAUUGUGUCUGAAAGUACUUAUAGAUUGGAUACAAAACUACAUUGUAGUUUCAUUGGUCUAGGAGCAUAUUCAUUUUCACUCAGGUGUUUGGGUACUACCAGUUGCCACAACUGUUUGUCUGGAAGUUUUGAUUUUUCCAGGUCUGCAAAAAAGGACCACAAACUGUUUGUCCAGUGGAGCAAAAACAUGAACUAGGACUGUUUUGAUCUGUAUCUGAUCGGUCUCAUGAGUCACACAACUGUAUAACUGUGUAUUUAAUUAUGUAAGUAUGUGUGCAGAUAUAAGGGGUACACAAUAAAUGAAUUUGAUUUCCUGUCACCAUUUGUGACAAUUGUAAUACUGAUUUUGAUGCACUUAGCCAUUUUGUGGUAGCUCAAAUAUGUGUUCGUAUCAAUACAGAAUAAUAAUGUUCAUGACAGAAACACGACUGUUUAGUAAAUCCUCAGAUGCCAAUCAGAAUCUUUGGUUUGAUGAAGCAUUUGUAGACUUUUCAUGGUGCCUUUUCCGUUCGGAUUUGCCCAUUCUACAAUAAAUUAUUUACAGAAAAA